AUGGCACUAACCUUUGCCGCUCUCAUUUUUUCCCACAUCUACCUCUACCUCUACGACACUGUGAAGGUCUUGCGCUAUGUCCGGAAGUUCAACUUCAGUGGGCCGGAGGUGCACUGGCUGGGCAUGCAGCUGUUUGCCAUCCCUGUGAGCAUUUUGGCGGGUGCAUUGGUCUUCAAGGCCAAUCAGAUGUCUGGCGAUGGCACCUUGGGCUCUGGAUUCUUCAAGGGCUACAGCUUGGGUGCAGCUGCAUGUGGAGCGAUGGUUUUGCACUUCAUUCUGCAUUUGUCGGUGCUGGAAUUCGUUGUCAAACCCUUGGGCGAUGCCGAUGAGGGACACACCUCGAUCUCUUUUGCGGAAGCUGCGAAGACAAACCCCGCAACAUAUUUGUCCAUGAAUCCCAUCCAUUGUCUGCGUUCAAAGUAUAUCUUGAAGCACAAUCCCCCGCAGGUGUUCUAUGCGCCCGGCAAAGAGGAGCUGGCGAAGACAAACCCAUCGAUCGGCGCCUUCUAUGAGUUUCAUGGCAACUCCCCAAAAGCCAAGAAGUGA